GGCCGCACCUCUAGAGUCCCCCUGCGCUGACCCCUCCCCUCUUCUUUAGACUCCUUCCCCAUCCUUCUCUCCUUUACCCUCCGCACCCUCCCUGGCUCCGGACUGCCGCCGUCCUCUCUCCCCGGGACCCUCCCUUCUCAGCGCCCUCCUCCCUAGGGAGAUGCGAUGAGCCGGUGCCCCCGUGUCCUCACCGCCGCCCCGGGCACGGUGCCUGCCCGGUGCCCGUGGUGGGGAGGGAACACUCAGCGGUCCCUCCGUGACGCCCCUCCCUUGGGGUCCCCCUCAGCUGGCGUCCCGGGGCCAUGUCCCACGGGACCCAGCCAGGGGGUGGGCUCUAGAGCGAGGGGGGUGGAGAGGAGGAAGGACGGGGCCUUGGGCGCCUCUGCGAUGCUCCCAAGCGCCAGGGCGGGCCGAGCGAGGCGCAGGCAACCGGGCGGCAGGCAUCAUGCCCUCGCCUAGUGACUCAAGUCGCUCGCUGACCAGCCGGCCUAGCACCCGGGGCCUUACCCACCUCCGCCUCCACCGGCCCUGGCUGCAGGCCCUGCUCACGCUGGGGCUGGCCCAGGUGCUCCUGGGCAUCCUGGUGGUCACCUUCAGCAUGGUGGCCUCCUCCGUCACCACCACCGAGAGCAUCAAGAGGUCCUGCCCAUCUUGGGCUGGGUUCUCGCUGGCGUUCUCCGGGGUGGUUGGCAUCGUGUCUUGGAAGCGGCCAUUUACUCUAGUGAUUUCCUUCUUCUCCUUGCUUUCGGUGCUCUGUGUCAUGCUCAGCAUGGCGGGCUCUGUUCUCUCCUGUAAGAAUGCUCAGCUGGCCCGAGACUUCCGAGACUGUUCCAUGGAAGGAAAGGUGUGUGUGUGCUGCCCCUCUGUUCCCCUUCUCCGGCCCUGUCCAGAGUCAGGACAAGAACUGAAAGUGUCCCCUAACUCCACCUGUGAUGAAGCCCGUGGGGCCCUCAAGAACCUACUCUUCAGUGUCUGUGGCCUCACCAUCUGUGGCGCCAUAAUCUGUACCCUCUCUGCUAUCGUCUGCUGUAUCCAAAUCUUCUCCCUGGACCUUGUGCACACGUUGGCCCCUGAGCGAUCAAUCUCAGGCCCCUUGGGGUCUCUGGGUUGUGCAUCCUCACCCCCAGCCCCUCUUCUACAUACCAUGCUGGACUUGGAAGAAUUCGUGCCACCUGUGCCCCCACCCCCCUACUACCCACCAGAGUACACCUGCAGCUCAGAAACGGAUGCACAGAGCAUCACCUACAAUGGUUCCAUGGACAGUCCGGUGCCCUUGUACCCUACUGAUUGUCCCCCUUCUUAUGAGGCUGUCAUGGGGCUGAGAGGAGACAGCCAGGCUACUCUGUUUGAUCCUCAGCUUCAUGAUGGCUCCUGCAUCUGUGAGCGGGUGGCUUCCAUUGUAGACGUAUCCAUGGACAGCGGGUCUCUGGUGCUGUCAGCCAUCGGUGACCUCCCUGGGGGCUCCAGCCCAUCCGAGGACUCGUGCCUGCUGGAGCUGCAGGGCUCCGUGCGCUCUGUUGACUACGUGCUGUUCCGCUCCAUCCAGCGCAGCCGCGCAGGCUACUGCCUCAGCCUGGACUGUGGCCUGCGGGGCCCCUUUGAGGAGAGCCCCCUGCCCCGGCGGCCCCCUCGGGCUGCCCGCUCUUAUUCCUGCUCUGCCCCUGAGGCUCCCCCACCCCCACUGGGUGCCCCCACAGCUGCUCGCAGCUGCCACCGGCUGGAGGGCUGGCCACCUUGGGUGGGACCCUGCUUCCCUGAGCUGAGGCGGCGGGUCCCCCGGGGAGGUAGCCGGCCAGCAGCAGCUGCCCCAACUCGAGCCCCUACUCGGCGCUUCAGCGAUAGCUCAGGUUCCCUCACCCCACCGGGGCACCGGCCUCCUCAUCCGGCUCCUCCACCACCGCUGCUGCUGCCUCGGUCCCACAGUGACCCAGGCAUCACCACCUCCAGCGACAUCGCUGACUUCAGGGACCUUUAUACCAAAGUGCUUGAGGAAGAAGCUGCUUCCGUUUCCUCUGCGGAUACAGGGCUCUGCUCUGAAGCCUGCCUCUUCCGCCUGGCCCGCUGCCCUUCCCCCAAGUUGCUACGUGCCCACUCAGCUGAGAAACGGCGCCCUGUGCCCACCUUCCAGAAAGUCCCCUUGCCAUCGGGCCCUGCACCUGCCCACUCCCUGGGGGACCUGAAGGGCAGCUGGCCAGGCCGAGGCCUGGUCAGUCGUUUCCUUCAGAUGUCCAGGAAGGCUCCAGACCCUAGUGGGAAUGGAACUCAUGGACAUAAACAGGUGCCCCGGAGUCCAUGGGGCCGGCCAGGCCGAGAGAGCCUCCACCUGCGAAGCUGUGGGGAUCUGAGUUCUGGUUCCUCUCUGCGACGGCUCCUGUCUGCCCGCCGGCUGGAGCGCAGCACCCGGCCCCACAGCCUCAGCCUCAACGGGGGCAGCCGGGAGACAGGGCUCUGACUUGAACAUACUGGACAGAUUUGAUGAUUGCUGGGGCCACAGGCACCAGCUGGUUAGGACCAGCAGCCCCCAGCAACCCCUUGUACUAGCUGGCACAAAAACAAACCUGCUGAGCACCCUCAAAAGUGUCCCUUUCCCCUCCUACCUCUGGGGGGCUCCUGCUGCUUGCCUCUGCUCCUCAGACAGACCUGGGAGAGCUUCUGUCUGUGCUGCAUGGAUGUUUAGGCUGGGGUGGGGUGCCCCUGCCCACAGCAUUGGAGGAGGAAAACUCAUAUGCCCCCAGCAUGAGAGUGAAUUUCUGAUUUGCCAGGGACACUGUGGCCAGGGCAAAGGCAUGUCCUGGGUGUCUGGGUGUUGGGGGUUGUGUGCCUAUGCAAUGGAGUGGUGACGCAUGAAGUCAGGACAAUCUGGGUGGCCUCCCAGCUCUGCCACCUCUAGCUGCAUGACCUUGGGCAAGUUAUUUAACCUCAAUUGCCUGAUCUGUAAAACAUUGUGAGGAUGAAUGUUUGUAAAGCUCUUAACACACUAAGUAAGCCUUCAAUAAAUUUCAAUUUUCCGCCUCUCUCCUGGAUCA